ACAGUAAAAGAGCUGGGAUGUGACGCUUCCCCCUGCAGUGCAUUGUGGGAUUUAACACAAGCACAGACUAGUCUUUCCAGUUCAUAUCGAGCUGGUGAAUAGGGACAGUAGACAUAUUGCUGGCAACUGCAUUUAUGUUUUAUUUUCCAUAGAAUUUCCAUCUGCUGAUUAAACACAAUCAAGAUGUCAAGCAGAGGGGGUAAAAAGAAGACAACAAAGACCACACGGUCUGCAAAGGCUGGAGUUAUAUUUCCAGUCGGGAGAAUGCUGCGUUACAUAAAGAAAGGGCACCCCAAAUAUAGAAUUGGAGUUGGUGCACCAGUAUAUAUGGCUGCUGUACUGGAAUAUCUAACUGCGGAAAUUUUAGAAUUGGCUGGAAAUGCAGCAAGAGACAACAAAAAAAGUCGAGUAACGCCACGACAUAUACUCCUUGCAAUAGCAAACGAUGAAGAAUUAAAUCAGCUACUGAAAGGGGUCACAAUUGCAAGUGGUGGUGUUUUACCUAACAUUCAUCCAGAACUUCUGGCAAAGAAGCGUGGAUCCAGAGGAAAGCUGGAAGCCAUCAUUACUCCACCACCAGCUAAAAAGUCAAAGACAACAUUACCUAAAAAGACAUCGGCAAAGAAACCUGGGGCCAAAAAAGGAGUUAGAAAAUCUAAGAAAAAACAGGGAGACGUCAGCAAGUCAGCCAGUGCAGACAGCACAACAGAUGGUACACCUUCUGAUGGAUUCACUGUUCUCUCCACCAAAAGUCUCUUUCUUGGACAGAAGCUCAACCUUAUUCACAGUGAAAUCAGUAAUUUAGCCGGAUUUGAGGUGGAGGCUGUUAUCAACCCUACCAAUGCUGACAUUGAUCUUAAAGAUGAUAUAGGUAAUGCCUUAGAGAAAAAAGGAGGCAAAGAGUUUGUGGAAGCUGUUGUUGAACUGAAGAAAAAAAAUGGGCCCCUGGAUAUAGCUGGAGCUGCAGUGAGUUCAGGCCAUGGCUUGCCUGCCAAGUUUGUCAUCCACUGCAAUAGUCCCAGCUGGGGUUCAGACAAGUGUGAAGAGCUGCUGGAAAAGACAGUAAAGAACUGCUUGGCUUUGGCAGAUGAGAAGAAGAUUAAAUCAAUUGCUUUCCCAUCGAUUGGCAGUGGAAGGAACGGUUUCCCAAAGCAGACAGCGGCCCAACUGAUUCUCAAAGCUAUUUCCAGCUAUUUUGUGUCUACAAUGUCUUCUUCAAUCAAGACUGUGUACUUUGUGCUUUUCGAUAGCGAGAGCAUAGGCAUAUACGUGCAAGAAAUGGCAAAACUAGAUAGUAAUUAAGCCACUCAACAUGUUAACCCAUUCGUUUGCCCUAUCGCAAAAAUACAAUCCUUAUUUUUGUGAGACUGCAUCAUAAUCCAAGACUAACCUCCCCUCCCCCCAUACGCCCUACCCAUAGAGAAACCAAUGGUUCCUAUUGACCUUUGAACAAUACUUUGAGGGUUAUAGAGGAACGGAGGCAAAUGAUGCCCCACUUCUGUAUCCCAUAGCCACUGCUUUCAUCAUUGCAUCCAUAUUAGACCAGUACAAACUGUGGAUCAAUGGUAUAUUCUGCAUAAACCCCCUUUUUGUGUUGGCACUGAGAGCGGGCAUCACUUCCAUUGAUGCACUACAUCUGAGUCUAAACCAAGUGUAAUUUAGAAGAUUUUAUAGUUUAUUUUGAUGAGGUGAGAAUUAUCCAGAUUGUAGUUGGGAUUAUAUUGUCUUUUAUAUGUGAAUGAAAUGGAAGAACUAUUUUGUAAAUGUGUCGUGGUGCUUCACUGUUUAUUGAGUGGUGGCUUUGUUUUUUUUCCUCUGCGAAAGACACCUAUUAAUUGUGUUUAAUUAUUUGUCUGUAUAACCGAUGAAAAUCCAUGCUGUUUUUAUUAUAUUUGCAAGUUGACAUUGACAUGCAUUGAUUUAUUAAAAUGGUUAUGACAGAGAA